GGUGGGAUGAGGACGACCCGAUGAAUCCCCGGAAUAUGAGCACUGCCAGACGGUGGAUGAUUGUUAGUAUUGUAUCGCUGGGCUCGCUUUGCGUGACUUGUACCUCGUCGAUGUACACGGUCACUUAUGACCAGUUGACCGUCGAAUUCAAUUGCUCCCGCUUGGUGGCAACGCUGGGACUGUCGUUCUUUAUCUUUGGUCUUGCUGUCGGUCCACUAGUCCUGGGUCCUCUAUCAGAGUUUUAUGGUCGACGAUACAUCUACAUCGCCUCAUUCUCUUUCUUCUUGAUCUGGCUGAUCCCAUGUGCUGUGGCCAAGAACAUCCAGACAAUGAUCAUCUGUCGUUUCUUCGACGGUAUCGCAGGGAGCGCAUUUCUCAGCGUUGCUGGCGGCACUGUUGGUGAUCUGUUUGCUCGCCACGAAUUGGCUGCACCGAUGAUGCUCUAUACUCUGAGUCCAUUUGGUGGGCCUACCAUAGGACCACUUGUUGGUGGAUUCAUCAACCAAUAUACAACAUGGCGUUGGUCAUUCUACGUGCUCCUCAUAUGGACGGGUAUUCUAUUAGUCUGCAUGAUCAUACUUGUCCCAGAGACUUACCACCCAGUAAUUCUGAGACAAAAAGCACGCAAAAUCCGCCAGGCCACAGGGGAUGAUCGCUGGAAAGCACCGAUCGAGAAGCUGCAUCGCUCAGUAGCGCGGACAGUCCUGCGGUCUACCUAUCGACCCGUGCUGCUUCUGGUGCUGGAGCCCAUGUGUCUCUGCCUCUGCAUCUUCUCUGCGAUCUUGUUGGGUAUUCUCUAUCUCUUCUUCGGUGCUUUUCAGCUGGUGUUCUCCAACGUCUAUGGGUUCGAACUGUGGCAGCGCGGUUGCUGCUUUCUCGGUCUCUUAGUGGGCAUGAUCUUUGCCAUUCUGUCGGACCCAUUUUGGCGUCGUGUCUGCACCCGUCUGGAACGCAAGCAUGAGCUGGCCGUGGGAAAGGCAGACGACUUCCAGCCAGAAUGGCGACUACCCCCAGCAAUCGCCGGAGGCCCUCUUGUCACCAUAGGACUGUUCAUCUUUGCCUGGACCAUCUAUCCUCAAGUUCACUGGAUUGCGCCCAUCAUUGGCAGUGGUUUCUUUGGAGCUGGAACCAUCCUCGUGUUCUCUGGAAUCUUCACCUUCCAGGUCGAUGCGUAUCCGACAUUUGCUGCAAGCGCUCUGGCAGCCAACAGCUUUACUCGGUCGACCUUUGCAGGAGUGUUUCCCCUUUUUGGAAUCCAGAUGUACAACAACCUGGGAUACCAUUGGGCGACCACCUUGUUGGCCUUUUUGACUCUGGUCAUGACUCCAUUCCCGUACAUAUUUUUCCGAUAUGGCAGUAAAAUACGGGCCAAGAGUCGGUUUGCCACACGAUGAGUACUGUACUAUAUAGUAGGUACUAUUCAAGACGAUGGGAUUGAUGUUAAUAUCAACACGCGUGUGAUGUAUAUAUAAUGUAUUUGAUCAACGCGUCACACCGAAAUUGGUCAACUCGACAGGGGUUGCCUGUACAUGAAUUUUAUAUCACGACAAAAAGAUACAUCAACAACCUCGACAGCUGUGCAGUCUUUGAUCAAAGAACCCUUGUACAGACCGACUAUUGAGAACUGCGCAACCUAACCUGCAUCGACAGCCAGUCCGAUUUUAAAGCCCAUCGGAUCAAACCUGAAUGGUCGAGUCUGAGAAAUACGAGAGAUUCAAUUCUAUGACUGAUGAUAACUUUGUAGAAGAAGGCUAUGUAAAUAACCGAGGCAAUUACCGAAUACGUAAUAGGUUCAUCCUCUCGGGACAAAAC